AAUCACCUCUGGGUUUUUUAUUUUUUCUUAAACAAACCAAAAACCACUGAAAAUUUUGAAAAAAAAAAAAGUUUCUUCUUAGUUUUUGUUAUAAAAUUUUGUAAAUGACGAUUUUUCUCCUUCACUGAUGUGCGCUAAUGAGGCUGCAGUGAUGGGCACUGAUAGGCUGCACUGAUGGACACUGAUAGGUGGCACUGGUAGGUGGCACUGAUGGGCAGGCACUGAUAGGCGGCACUGACGCACACUGAUAGGC